AUGACUUUUAGCUGUUUGAAUGUCAUUUUCAAAUCAAAUGCUUUGAAUGUUUUAAAGUCACGUUAUGCUCCAAAAAGUCUCGCUUUCGCCAAACGAAGUUGUUUCACCACCCACGAAAAGGACAAAGCUACAAUUCCCGACCUGAACGUGCUCCGAAAGGAGCUUUCGGGAAAAGUUUUGAAAGUAACUGCAUUAGAGGAGUAUCCUUUUACUUAUUUCGAACUUGAUGAAGACGGAAAACUCCAAGGACGCGGAGCUGCAUUCAAACUUUUUGACAUUCUGGCUGCCAAAUAUAAUUUUACUUAUGAAAUUGUGCAACCUACGAAUAAUUUUUUUGGAAGUAUUAAGCAAAAAAAUGGAACUAUUUUGGAAUUAUUUACUAAAGGAAAAGUUGACAUGGGAAUCGGUUAUAUCCCUCCAAUGCAUGAUUAUAGAGUUCGAGCUCUGUAUUCAACUCAAAUAAAUGUCGCAACUUAUCACAUAAUGAUGGUGAAGCCUCGUGGUAGUAUCAUCAGUAAAGGACUUUUGGCGCCAUUUAGAGGAAUCGUUUGGAUCGUAACUGGCGUAUUUUUUGUCAUCAUGGGACCACUUAUUUAUUAUGUUCUGAAAUUUCAUCAGAAAUUCACGAAAAAAGAGAAGAUUAAGACACUUGAUCAAGUAUUUUGGUUCAUUUAUGGCGCACUUGUGAGACAAGGACAUGGAACGCAUAUUUAUCCAAUUAAUGAUUCAACAAAAAUCCUUUUUGCAACUUGGUGGACUUUUGUGACAAUUCUAACGACUGUCUACACUGCCAAUUUAGUCGCCUUUUUAGCACGUUCCGAAUUUCCCUUCAGCAUCAGCACAAUUGAGGAUUUUGUAGGCACAAAUACAAAACUUUUGGUAAAGAAAGGAGGAUCAGUUGAAUACGCUUUGAUGACAGAUCGUACAUUGGCACCUCUCAGGAAGACAAUUGACGUGAAUGCGCCGUUUUUUGGCGGAAGUCCUAAUGAAACGGAAGCCAUGAUGGAAACUUUAUUGAAGAAAAAUUACGCCAUUAUCGCUAGUUAUACGGGCGCAAAGCAUCUCAUGUACGAUUAUUACAUGUCGAAACGCGUGUCAGCCAAAGAGUUUAAUUCCCGUGAGCAUUGUCCCUUUAUUUUGAGCAAGAAACCAAUUUUUUGGGGCAUUCAGUCGUUCGUUUACAAGUGCAGCAGUCAGUUGAAUUUUUUGUUUGACAAGGACUUAAGAUUUCUACUCGAAUCCGGCGUUGCCAAGUACUUAAAGCAAAGUGACCUGCCCAACAAGAAUGUCUGCGACCUUUCCAAACAAAAAGUUGAGACUCAAUUAAAAGUGCAAGAUCUGGAAAUAUCUUUUAUUAUCGUUUUCAUCGGAUUUUUGGUCUCUCUUGCAGCUCUAAUUGGCGAAUUUUACUACAUGAAACGACAAAUAGCAAAACAAAUUUCUUCUGCAGCCAUUUCCAAAUUAAGUUCAAGAAUGUCCGUCGUUAAUGAAAUUCUUGAGGAAAUUUUACAUCAAAAACGUGAAUUUCAGUCAAUUUAA